GGAAAGGGGAUGGGCUCUCUCUGUUUGUCUGGCCCUGGGUGUUGUGGCUCCAUUCUGCAGCCAGGUCUCCUCAGUUCAUUCAUACAUAUAAUUUGUUAAACUGGACAAUCCACUACUAAUGUGGCAUUUAGUUUCAUCUGGCUUCUUAUAAACCCGCAGAGCUUUCAUUCUUUAAAAAUACAGGAAUGUUAAAUAACUGUUUGUCAUCUGAAUGACAGCAGAGGUGAUGCAGGUGGGGCAGAAACCCUCCCCUUAUUCCAGUAGUGAUUCAGGUUUUCCCUCCCUGUCUGCUACUCUGCUGGCUGGAUAGGGUUUGACAGUAAUCCAGCUCAGUCUAAUUAGCUGUCAGCCAGUACCCACUGGACCUCUUUCAGCUUGUUCAGUCGUUCCUCGUCCCAUCUGACCCGUUGUAGAGACUGUGAUGCUCUGAGACGGAGGUGGCACAGGUGAGAGAGCCACCUGUCUCUGGGAAAUAUGUUGAAGUUGACCUGCAGACACGUGCUUGUCCAAGCAGGGAGACUCAUGGGUGCAUAUGUGUGGCUUCACUCAGCUGACAAAUGGUGUUGUUUUGCCAGAGUGUGGUAAGACCAGGAAAUUCCUGCUGACCAUGCCUCCCCUCACCGGGUGAGGCUGGCCAGUUUGCAUCGCCCAUGGGGAAACUUCACCCCAGAACUCCAAGGGACUUCAUCGGGUGUGGUUGGGGAUCUAGAGACCAACCCAGCUGGACCAGUAGACACUCUGGAGUCUGUCAACUAAAUUGUAUGGAAUCUAAAUGGGAGCAUUCCCCGUUUGAUCUGCAAGUAGGUGAUGCGGAAUGUCAAUUUGCAUAUUUGAGUUUCGAAGUUCCUACUAGCAGAUCACCCUGAACAUUUGAUCAGUUGGGUGAUGUGACCAGUGCGUUUUGGGGCAGCAAUGGGUUAUUCUUUGUACAUCCGUUAAACUUAUCUCAUGAUCGAGAAUUGGAGUCUGUCCUUCGGCACCACCUCUUUACCGAGCGGCUGCACCAUGCCUGCAUGCUUUGCUGAACGUGGCUUUUUGUCAGCGCUGUCUGUUCUGCAUUAUCGGCUCAGUGUACAAAUGUCAGUGGUUUGUUACUGUUUAAGGGCGAAUGUCCACGCCGCAAGAACACUUCAACAAUGCAAACAGACACAUCCACACAGUUGUGACAGAAGCACAGGAGGUUGGAAAUACCUGACACAAUCCCUCAGAAGUCUACAGCUACAGCAGUCGGAGCAUCUUAACACAGGCCAACCACACCACCCGGCAGUGUCACAGAAACGCCUUAACACAGGCCAACCACACCACCCGGCAGUGUCACGGAAACGCCUUAACACAGGCCAACCACACCACCCGGCAGUGUCACGGAAACGCCUUAACACAGGCCGACCACACCACCCGGCAGUGUCACGGAAACGCCUUAACACAGGCCAACCACACCACCCGGCAGUGUCACGGAAACGCCUUAACACAGGCCAACCACACCACCCGGCAGUGUCACGGAAACGCCUUAACACAGGCCGACCACACCACCCGGCAGUGUCACGGAAACGCCUUAACACAGGCCGACCACACCACCCGGCAGUGUCACGGAAACGCCUUAACACAGGCCGACCACACCACCCGGCAGUGUCACGGAAACGCCUUAACACAGGCCGACCACACCACCCGGCAGUGUCACGGAAACGCCUUAACACAGGCCGACCACACCACCCGGCAGUGUCACGGAAACGCCUUAACACAGGCCGACCACACCACCCGGCAGUGUCACGGAAACGCCUUAACACAGGCCGACCACACCACCCGGCAGUGUCACGGAAACGCCUUAACACAGGCCGACCACACCACCCGGCAGUGUCACGGAAACGCCUUAACACAGGCCGACCACACCACCCGGCAGUGUCACGGAAACGCCUUAACACAGGCCAACCACACCACCCGGCAGUGUCACGGAAACGCCUUAACAAAGGCCAACCGUGCAUCAGGCCGUUGUCUUCUGAACGCACUAAUACCACCAGUUCCCCAUAACCCUGCACAGCUUCUACCCCAAAGCCAUAAGACCGAAGGAUUUCCCUGCCUGUUGUUUGGCCCACACUUUCCUGUUGUUGUGUCUUGUGUGGUGAAUAUAACAGCUUUUUGUACGGUAUGCAAAUAUGCUUUUGGGCGGUGUAGUAAAAUAAGUCCUGAAGAUUCUUAUCUUCAGCUCCAUGAGAUCAACAAAAAACCAGUUCAAUGCAAGCACCAAGUUCAAUAACAAUGCACUGACUUGACGAGUAGGGGUAGUGUUCCCAGUUUGUCAGUACAUUUACUAUUAAGAAUAAGUACCAUUAUGUUGUUUGGUUAAAAACCAACUCGAUCUGAUACUUUCUCUAUACAUGUCAAAUGUUUCAAAUACACAUUUCUCAAAUGUAAAGAUUUUAAACUCUAACCGUGGGAACGACUGAAGAGAACAGUAGUAUAGCUUAUUUGUCUGGAUCAAAUGCCGUUCUGUGACUCAAGCUGUGAGACAAAGGCCUCCUACCGAGCAUGGGCAACCUGGUCCCUGUCAGUGUGUGCAGUGAGCUGUCAGCGCUGUGACGCUAGGGGUGUUAUCUUGUUCUGAACUGGUGAGUCACUGGGUUCUAAUCCCAUAAUGACAGACAACAGAGUCACUGUUCUGGACCACUGACCUCUACAACGCACAGCCACGGUGACCUCUGUGACACGCACAGCUGCAGUGACAGGGAUAAGGGGCUGGUCAAUUUCACUCUCCCUGUGUCCUCAUUAGAGGGGGGAGAGGCCCUAGUACAAUGAGUUCUAUUGGUAUAUGAGAUACACAUGUAAAUAUGCCCGGAAUACAGUGCUAAUCCCAUUAAUAUUGGCCCCCAUCUCUUACACGGGUUGAAUGAGGUAACCUUGUUGCAUAGGUAACCUGUAUUUACACAGACAGCCCAAAUACAAUUCUUUCCUAUCGGUUUAGUCUGAAGACUAUUGGAUGUGAUUGGUCAAAAGAACAGUGGGGUAGAAAAUCCUGCGGCUCCAGUCGUCAGCAUGUCUCAAGCUAUGUCUUGUGUUCCUGGAAUGCACACGUUAGUGGUUUUCACCGACCGUGUCCCUGUUCUGUGUGUGUGUGUGUGUGUGUGUGUGCGUGUGUGUGGUGUGUGUGUGUGUGUGUGUGUGUGUGUGUGUGUGUGUGUGUGUGUGUGUCCCAGGUCUAUUCUGCCGAAGGGUUUUCAGUUUCUAACGUUGCAGGCUAGCCUAGCAGUUUCUCAGAAUUGUUGUGGUGAGUGGCCACUGUUUCCCCUGGUUACAUUACAGCUCAGGCCACACAUGGUGCACCCUGGCAUCGAGAUAUCUCCGUUCAAACCGACAGAAACAGUGUUGUUACACGGGGUGUCGAGCAGCCCCGGGCUGUAGAAGAGCACAUUAACCACCUGUGCAGUGUAAGCAACCCAGUACAGCCAAGCAAAUGGGCUUGUCAGGCAAAAAGAGCUGCAGACCGUGGUGGCCCUGCUGAAGAUUGGAGCUUCAGCUACCUCUUUGGCCCCGUUCCACUGUCAGGAGGGGGGGGCUUUUGUGGUCUCCGAAGCUAACGGUAGAUGGCCACAGUCACACCCUGAGCCUGUUAGACUCAACUCUGUUUUACCCUGUUGUGGAAGAGCCACUGUGCCUUUGAGGUGUCCCACCCACCAUGAUUGGGCGGUGAAGAUUGCUUUUACAUUGUUGAGGUGGCGAUGCAAGUUGUCACAGAUUUCACACACUUAACUUUUCUGUACCAUGGGUACACACGACCACCAUAUUAAUAUUGUAGGUGGCUGUAUCAUUUGUCGUUUCUUACAGCAAUUCUAAUUUCCAAAUUUGAAUUCAAGUAUGCCCCUUUUUUACUAUAAAUAAUUAGUUAGCUAGCUACUGCUCCCUAAGUGUCUAGUGGUAAAGGCUGGUUGGUUGGGCACCUAUAGGCCUGGAACUGUGUAGUUGGCUAACUAGCUUGAAAAAUCAACAAAACAAGACAUCAAAUCAAAGCUUUUCCGCUAGGUGGAUUAUGAAACAAAUGACUUAAUUGCAAAUGAUUAACUAGCUAACCAGCUUGCCGUCUUAGGGAACAUUUUCAUUAACAGGACCAUUCUUAUGCAGCUCCCAUUUCACAUGUUCUAUUAUUGUCCAGCAGACUACAUUUUGCCUGUCCUCUCAAAAACUAAAUUUCCCCCCACUUUGCAGUGAGUAAGGCCGGUACUGAAGGGAGAAAAGGUUCUAGCAUUCCACUCCCUGUGCCUGGAAUUAGUUAGUUUUAAAAUGAUCAAGUAAAUGUUUUGACCCUUAGAAUGUUUUAGAAUGUAAUUUUAUGUAACAUCUGUGUGUUGCUGUUUUUGGCCAGGUCCAUUUAUGAAAAUAGGUUUUUAAUCUCAAUUGCGCUAAACCCGAUUAAAUGAAGAUACAAUUUUGGGAAGAAAAAUACAUUGAUUGGGGUAUAUGCAUUCAUUUAAUGUGAUUCAUGUCAUUUGUUAGAGAAAGUCAAAAAAAAGAAAGUGAAAAGAAAAUACCUUUUUCGCAAAUAUUUCUGAAAUGAAUGCAUUUCAGUGACCGACCUGGACCACAAAUCCAAAUCUGUACUGCGGUUGCUCACCAAGACAGUAUUGAAUGUUCCUGGGUGUCCUUGUUCCAGUUUUGACUGAAAUUGGUUUGGCGGUCUAUGCAGACACUGGAUGAUGGCUGUCUACCAAUCAUCAUCAAGAACCAACUUAAUGGACCUGGAAGAGUUGUAGUUCUUAAUGGGAACACAUCUUGGUGUACCGACCACUUCCACAACCUCAGUGUGUUUCCUUUUCCUCCUAAGUGCACUUUUGUUCCGCUCCUUGACUAUUUUGUGUAGAUUGUUACCAUACAUGGGGAAAGGAGACCGAGUUGAAUUCUUGGCUGCUGAGGUCAAUCGAUUGCAACGUCUGGAACUGAGUCUGCCCUCUCAGAGAAUUGUUUGGCUUAGGAACAACCCGAUUCUUUACUUGCGACCGGAAUCAAUUGCGGUGGUUCACCGUUUGUUCCCGAAUCAUCCAAUGUACACCUUCACCCCUCCGUGC